GUGCCAUGUCUGCUUGCAGAGCGGCGGUCACGUGAGGCCCAGCACCGUGGCUGCGCGGAAAGCUGGCCAAGAUGGCGGCGACGAGGGUGGUGCUGCCGCAGCGACUGGUGGGCUUGGCGUCCCUGCGGGCUUUCAGUACCUCAUCUAUGGGCACUUUCCCGAAUCGGGUGAAAAUCGUGGAAGUUGGUCCCCGAGAUGGACUACAAAAUGAAAAGAAUAUUGUACCUACUCCAGUGAAGAUCAAGCUCGUGGACAUGCUUUCUGAGGCGGGACUCCCUGUUAUAGAAGCCACCAGCUUUGUGUCUCCCAAGUGGGUUCCCCAGAUGGCUGACCACACUGAAGUCUUGAAGGGCAUUCAGAAGUUUCCCGGCAUCAGCUACCCAGUCCUGGUCCCAAAUUGGAAAGGCUUUGAGGCAGCGGUUGCUGCUGGAGCCAAGGAAGUGAGCGUCUUCGGAGCCGCCUCAGAGCUCUUCUCCCAGAAGAACGUCAACGGUUCCAUCGAGGAGAGUUUCCAGCGAAUUGAUGCAAUCUCGAAGGCAGCGCGGGCAGCUGGUAUUCCUGUGCGGGGGUACAUCUCCUGUGUGCUUGGCUGCCCCUAUGAAGGGAAGAUCUCCCCGGCUAAAGUAGCUGAGGUCAGCAAGAGGAUGUACUCGAUGGGCUGCUAUGAGAUCUCCCUGGGGGACACCAUUGGUGUGGGCACCCCAGGGGCCAUGAGAGACAUGCUGUCUGCCGUCAUGCACGAGGUGCCCCUGGCUGCCCUGGCUGUCCACUGCCAUGACACCUAUGGCCAAGCCCUGGCCAACACCUUGAUGGCCCUGCAGAUGGGAGUGACUGUCGUGGACUCUUCUGUGGCAGGACUUGGAGGCUGUCCCUAUGCAGAGGGGGCAUCAGGAAACUUGGCCACUGAAGACCUCGUCUACAUGCUAGCAGGCCUGGGCAUUCACACGGGUGUGAACAUGCAGAAGCUCCUGGAAGCUGGAGACUUUAUCUGUCAAGCCCUGAACAGAAAAAGCAGCUCCAAAGUGGCCCAGGCUAGCUGUAAACUCUGAGCCCCUUGCCCACCUGAAGCCCUGCGGACUAGGAGCACCCACACAUGAUUCGUGGAGGAUGAGGACUGGGAAAUGAGAAGGAGA